AUGUCCGCCAACCAGCCACCGAUAACGACCCCACCGCGACGAUGCAAUGAACAUCCGGCGCUGGCGGUGGCAGUCAUGCUUGGAAAUCUUCACGGCUCCGAGUCGUGCAAAAAUUCGCCCAACGUUCCCCGCCGAUUGGAAGCCCAUCAUCACAGUUUGCUCGAAAGUGGAAGCCAAAGUGCACAGAAUUCUCCGUUGCCAAAUAGGCGACUGGACAAAUUACAGGGUGUAAUUCGAGACAAAAGCUCACCCCUGUGCGGUCGACGUGGGGCACCCGACGAGGUCGACUUCAGUGAUUCUCCCAUCGUAUCGAGAAAGUUCAAUCAGGUGCACGACUGUGUUUGUGCUCCGAAGCUACGUGCCGUCGAAAGUUCCACCACAGGAUGCGUGCAUCGAAUAGAAAGUGAAUUUUCCAAAAACUCUCCCAUGAUGGCAGUGAUGCGGAAACGGGGCGACUCGGACUGCAGCAGCUGUAUGCGGAAAAACAUCAUUCGAAAUCAGUUCAGUGCCAGUGUGAUGAAGAGUGAGUGCAGUGGGGGGGUCAGCAGUGGGGGAAGUUCCUGUGAAAGCACACCGUUGUUGCGACGAAGGGAACCAUUUCCGCCUAGUUCACCGGCUAAAGGUGUUCUUGGCGAACCGGGGGUUUUUAGCUCCCCGGUGCACGGUAAAUCACCAAUGGAUCACGCAAAUUUUGGAAGCUUUUCGAGUCCGGCCAAAAGUGUGCUGGGAGAACCGGGAGUUUUUAGCUCACCAGCCCGAAGUGUGUGUAGCCCAACGGGUGAAGAUAUGGUUGGUGAUGGGGUUGACGUGCUUGGCAGCGAUCAGACUAUAGUGUCCGGAUGGCUCAAGUUCCGGGACAACAAGAAGUGGAAAAUUCGAUGGGGAGUUGUUACGAAGCUAUCACCAGCAGCAGGGAUCGCUCCGAUUGCCAGCCCCUUGCGCAACUUCGCAGCUGAAAAGUUUAAUGUGCAUUAUUGGAGGAUUUUCAGUUUGUUAUCAAUGAAUCAUGCCGGGGAAGCGGGAAAAAAGGCGGAUAUGGAGAAAGUUUUUCUAUCCCAAGCGAAUCUACCACUCACUGUUUGA